CUGGGAUAGUGGAAGAUGUCCCUGCCCAUGGGACUGGAUGGGCUUUAAAGUCCCUUCCCACCCAAACCUUUCUGGAAUUCCAUGAAUUGUGAGAUCCUCAGCUUCCAAUGCCUCUUAAAGUCCUGCUGUGAAUUCCUAAACCUGCUUCCAUCUCUUUCAGGAGACACAAACACUCCUCUGGAGAGUAAGCACAAAGCUGGAAGAUCCCUCAGGGAUUUGCAUGGUGCCUUCAAAGCCUCCCGUGAGCAGCAGGAUAGUGUAGGAUCAGCCAGAGCGGGGAGUGGGGAGGAGGAAUCACCUUUCUGGUUUAUCCUCUGUGGUCAUGUAGAUCAUGGAAUACCCUGAGUUGGAAGGGAUCCUCGAGGAUCCUCCUGUCUGACUCCUGGACCUGCACAGGACACCCCAACGGCAUCAAUUCAAAUUCACAAUAAAAGCCAGCCUGAAAUUGCCAGGUGUUUUAGUGACUGGAUGUCAGGUACUACAGCGAGGAGAGCGAGGUGGAUCUGCGCGACCCCAUCAAGGACUACGAGCUCUACAGGGAGACCUGCCAGGAGCUCCAGAGGCUCAUGGCAGAGAUCCAGGAGCUGAAGAGCCGGGGCAUCAAGGAAAAUGCCUCCGAGAUCGACGAGCGGCGCGUCCAGAGCUGCGUCCACUUCAUGACCCUGAAGAAGCUGAACCGCCUGGCUCACAUCCGGCUGAAGAAGGGCAGGGACCAGACCCACGAGGCAAAGCAGAAGGUCGAUGCCUAUCACCUGCAGCUCCAGAACCUGCUCUACGAGGUGAUGCACCUGCAGAAAGAGAUCACCAAGUGCCUGGAGUUCAAAUCCAAACAUGAGGAGAUCGAGCUGGUGAGCCUGGAGGAGUUCUACAAAGAGGCCCCCCCUGAAAUCAGCCGCCCUGCCAUCACCCUGACCGAGCCCCACCAGCAGACCCUGGCCCGCCUGGACUGGGAGCUGGAGCAGCGCAAGAGGCUGGCAGAGAAGUACAAGGAGUGUCUGACCAGCAAGGAGAAGAUCCUGAAGGAGAUCGAGGUGAAGAAGGAAUAUCUGAGCAGCCUCCAGCCUCGACUCAACAGCAUCAUGCAGGCCUCCCUGCCUGUCCAGGAGUACCUGUUCAUGCCCUUUGACCAGGCUCACAAGCAGUACGAGACUGCCCGGCACCUCCCGCCGCCUCUCUACGUCCUCUUCGUCCAAGCCAGUGCCUACGGACAGGCCUGUGAUAAGAAGCUGGUGGUGGCCAUUGAAGGGAGUGUGGAGGAAGCCAAGGCCCUUUAUAAGCCACCUGAGGACUCGCAGGAUGAUGAGAGUGAUUCCGACGCAGAGGAGGAGCAAACCACGAAGCGGCGCAGGCCCACCCUGGGCGUGCAGCUGGAUGACAAACGCAAGGAGAUGCUGAAGAGACACCCCUUGUCAGUCACCCUCGACUUGAAGUGCAAAGAUGAGAACGUGCUUCACCUGACCUUCCACUACCUGAUGAACCUCAACAUCAUGACAGUGAAAGCCAAGGUGACCACUGCCAUGGAGAUGACCACAGCCAUCAGUGCUGGGGACCUGCUCUCCCCAGACUCCCUCCUCAACUGCCUCUAUCCAGGGGACCACGGGAGGAAAACGCCCAACCCAGCCAACCAGUUCCAGUUCGAUAAAGUGGGCAUCCUGACCCUGAGUGACUACAUGACAGAGCUGGGACACCCCUACGUGUGGGUGCAGAAGCUGGGUGGCCUGCAUUUCCCCAAGGAUCAGCCUCAGCACACGGUGGCUGCUGACAAUUCCCUGAGUGCCAGCCACAUGGAGCUGACGGUGAAGCUGCUCCGGAGCCGCCUGCAGUCCCGCCUGGCCCUGCACAAGCAGUUUGCAUCCCUGGAGCACGGUGUUGUGCCGGUGUCCAGCGAGUGCCAGCAGCUCUUCCCGACCAAAAUCGUCUCACGCCUGGUGAAGUGGACUGCCAUUCCCUACGAGGAUUAUGCUGAGCUGCCCUACACUAAAGAUGUGAUAGAGGCUGGCUUGGCUGAAGACACUCACCUCUAUUACAUGGCCCUGAUAGAGAGGGGAACAGCCAAGCUCCAGGCGGCCGUGGUGCUGAAUCCUGGUUACUCCACGCUGCCUCCCGUCUUCAGCCUGUGCCUCAACUGGAAGGGAGAGCGGAACAGCAGCAACGACGACAACAUUCGGGCCAUGGAAAGGGAGGUCAAUGUCUACUACAAGGAGCUGUGGGGGCCCAAACCUGGCUACCAGCUCCUCACCAACCAGCUGCAGCGCCUGUGCAUGGUGCUGGACGUGUACCUGGAGACAGAGCCCCACGAUCCCAGCGUGGAGGGGCCCAAGGAAUUCCCCCAGGAGAAGAUGUGUCUGCGCCUGGUCAGGGGUCCCCUGCGCCUGAAACCCUUCAAGUUCAACUACCCCCAGGGGUUCUUCAGCCAUCGCUGAGCAGCCCUGGGCAUCAUUCUGGGAUGGGACUCCUUCACUCUGUGGGAGGAGUGUCCCCAUCCUGACAUUUCUGCUCCUUUUACAAUAUUUUGGGUUUUGUUUGAAGGUUUUGUAGUUAAAGAGAUUAAACUGAGCUAAAGACAAAAA